GCCUCGUCCUCAGACAUAACAACACCACCAGCAUUCAUCGCUUCUACUACAAUACUCAGCUUAAUCCUCUAAUACCCAAACCACUCCAAACUCAUUCAUCACCACCAAAAUGCAAUUCUCUGCCGUCCUCCUCGCUCUUGCAGCCAGCGCCUCCGCUGCCGUCCUUCCCCGCCAGGAGAUGGGCCAGUGGGCCGUCACCGCGUCCGUUGGUCCCGCCCCGGGAUAUGUCUACCUCCACGCCGAAUUCACUUCAGAUGAGUACCCCGGAGACAAGAAGUUGAGGAGCACCUGUGUUGAGGCUCCCAACGCCGAGCUUCCUGUUGCCCACAGGUGCGACCGCGCCGCUUUCGACUUCCAGUGGGAUGGAAAGGUUCUCAACGUUCAACAAACUCUUCCCAGCGGUGCCACUCUCUUCGGUUCCGCCCCCUACGAUGGCAGCAGCGACUUCGAUGGUGUCAUCCCCGUCGAGAAGGCCAUCAUCUAAAUCAGAUGACCACGUCCCUCCCUAGAGUCGUGUCUUGGCUUGUCUCUCCUGCAAUUCCAGCAGGUAGUUCGUGUAUAUAUUGUAAUAUACAUAGUUCGUCACUAUUAAUACAAGUCCUACGUCU